AUUCAAAAUCUUUUUCUCCUUUAAAUGAUUCCCUCUUAAAUGAUGAAAUCUCUCAAUAACAAACUUUUUCAAUACAAAAUUUAAUACCAUCUCAUUCAUUUUGGAUUAUGGUAAUACCUCCACUCCUAGCUAUACUUAGACAUUCGUAUACAUAUGUCUAAGUAACCCCAUUUCAUGAGUAGACUCCAGCUAGCUAGCCUGAAGCCAGAACCAAUGGAGACCUCUGAAGAUUCCAAUAGCAGUACUAGUAAUCCUCAAGCUGCUUUAGUCUCCAAUGUUAAUGGCUUCAAGCAGUCUUCAAAUGAUGAUGGAAAACAAGAUAAUAGCAGCAGCAUCUACACAAGAGAUGGAUCAAUAGAUAGGUACGGAAAACCGGCUUUCAGAAGAAGAACAGGAGGAUGGAAAUCAGGAAUGCUCUUGUUAGUGAAUCAAGGACUUGGUGCACUUGCAUUUGUUGGAGUAGAAGUAAAUUUGGUGCUUUUCUCAACAAGGGUUUUGAAGCAAACCAAUGCUGAAGCAGCAAACACGUUUAGUAGAUGGAUGGGAACAGUGAAUUUGUUCUCUCUAUUUGGUGCCUUUCUAAGUGACUCCUACUUGGGGAGAUACUUGUCUUGUGCCAUCUUCCAGCUUGUUUUUACAAUAGGUCUAGCAAUGUUGUCAUUAUCAACAUAUUUUUCCCUAAUCAAACCUCAUGGUUGUGGCAAAGUAGGUUUUCUAUGUGACUCACAUUCCACUUUAGAGAUGGCAACAUUCUACAUGUCAAUUUACCUGAUUGCUUUAGGGAAUGGAGCAUAUGAACCUUCCCUAGCUACAUUUGGAGCCGAUCAAUUUGAUGAAGAAGAUCCAAAUGAAAAGCGUUCGAAAACUAGAUUUUUUAGCUAUUUUUACGUCGCCUUGAAUCUUGGAUCCAUGUUUUCUGAAACCGUACUAGCCUAUAUUCAAAAUUUAGGAAAUUGGGUAUUGGCGUUCUGGAUAUCUACAUGUUGUGGUUUCAUUGCCUUUGGACUGUUUUUGAGUGGAACUUGCAGAUAUAGACAUUUCAAACCGUCUGGAAACCCAAUUUCUAGAUUCUCUCAGGUAUUAGUUGCUGCUAUCAAGAAAAUGAAACUUGAAAUUCCUUCAAAUGGAGAUGGACUCUACGAACAACAGCGAAAUGCAGUUACUACUAAUGCUGGUGAGAGGAAAAUUCUCCAUACGAAUGACUUCAAGUUUCUUGAUCGAGCAGCUAUCAUAACACCGUCUGACAUGAUAACCACGUGUACAUCAGGCAAGAGUGAUCCUCCAAACCCAUGGCAGCUUUGCACUGUUACACAAGUAGAAGAGGUCAAAUGUGUGUUGAGAUUACUACCAAUUUGGGUAUGUACGAUUUUCUACUCGGUCGUAUUCAUACAGAUGAUUUCUCUCUUCGUCGAGCAAGGAGCUGCUAUGAACACAAAACUCAACACAUUCCGUGUCCCUCCAGCAAGUAUGACAGUUUUCGACAUCAUAAGUAUAUCAACUUUCAUCAUCCUUUAUGACAAAUUCAUCCUACCCUACUUCAUAAAAAUAUCAAAAAAUAACAAACCCAAAGAACCAAGUGAGCUGCAAAGAAUGGGAUUUGGAUUAUUUUUCGCCAUAAUAGCUAUGGUAGUGGCUGGUUUUGUGGAACAGCAAAGGCUAAUGCACGCACAAGAUGAUCCAUCUGAGCUUAGUUCACUUAGCAUAUUUUGGCAAAUACCACAAUAUAUAUUAAUUGGAAUAUCAGAAGCGUUUAUGUAUGUCGCACAACUAGAAUUCUUCUCUACACAAACACCGGAUAGUUUGAAAGGCUUGGGAAUCGGUUUGAGUAUGUCAUCAACCGCCAUGGGAAGUUAUUUAUGCAGUAUUCUUCUAACGGUAGUGAUGAAGAUAACGACGAAAAACGGGCAACCAGGAUGGAUCCCUCCAAAUCUAAAUGAUGGUCAUUUAGACAGGUUUUUCUUUCUAACAGCAGCCAUAACACUAGUUAAUCUCGGAGCUUACAUUUUUUGUGCUAAAAGGUAUAAAUGUAUAUCCUUGGAGAAGAGAAAUUUUGUUGCUAACGAGGAAGUGGUGGUGCCAUAAACACCCAUCAGAACAAACAAGUUCGUUUUUUCAGUAAACUUCUUUAUACAUCAGUCAAUAUUGUUGUCUCUUUCUCUUAAUUUCAUCCUGCAGUAGAAAUCAUGUUAAAAUCAAAAUUAACCAAAAUGACUUCUUUUUU